GCAUGGUCACGUGGGCGUGGAGUCACGCGCUUUCCGGGAACUCGUCAGGAAGGAAAUAAACAAAACAAAGCAGAAAGCAUGGAGACCGUCCGAGGGGCUGAGCGGAGGCUAACGGGACGAACCCAACACGGUGUAAGCGGCUCUAAAGACGGGAUCUGCAUGUAAAGCAGCCUCUGGAUGGAGUGCCUGUGAUUCCUUUCUCCUGUCUUGUAAAUCGCUACUCUUCAUUGUAUGUAUACAUUCCUUGAUACUGAAAAAAAGAAACUGGUUAGAAGGUCUUUGGAGAAUAGGAACGCACAUUUAGGGCUGAGUGUGGACGAGCUUGACUUUGAAAUGCCUCAGCCGAGCGUUAGUGGAAUGGAUCCUCCUUUUGGGGAAGCUUUUCGCAGUCCAGCAUUUGCUGAGCAGUCAUUAAUGAGCACCGAACUUCUGGCCAGCAGCUCAGAUCCGGAUUUCAUGUAUGAGCUGGAUCAGGAGUUGGGCUACCAGCAGGGGCAAACAGAUAACUUUUUGAUGCUGGAAGACUGCAAAGAUUUGGAAUCAUUUGACUCCUUUGCUGACAUCCUGGAAAACAGUCCACCGAUAUCUUCUCACUGGGAUCAGUGGGACACUUAUUGUGAGGAUCUAACCAAGUAUACAAAGCUUACAAGUUAUGAUAUAUGGGGAACAAAGGAGGUAGAUUAUCUUGGCUUGGAUGACUUCUCAAGUCCCUAUCAAGAUGAGGAGGUCAUUAGUAAAACGCCCACACUUGCUCAGCUUAACAGCGAGGAUUCACAGUCAGUGGUUGACUCCUUUUGUUACAGUGAAGGCUUGUUGGGAGCUAAAGCUCAGUUUAUUUCAGGAAAGAAAGUUUCUUCUGGAAGGGUUACUGCUCCAGUUAGCGCAUCCAAGACUUCUCCAACCGAAGUGCCAUCAGCUGAUUGCUCUGUAAAAGCUGCCAAGGCAGCUGCAAGUACACAGAUGGCAGCAAAAACUAAUAUUGCUUGUGAGGAGAAGAUCAAUGUUCAUGUGGAAUGCAAAGACUAUGUAAAAAAAGCCAAGGUAAAGAUUAGCACGGUACUUCCUACCCGACCGACAUGCACAGUGGUUGCCCUAGAUGCAGCCAAAGAGAACACUUGUUUUUGUGGAGCAGUGGCCAAAAAGCAGGAAAGGACAAUUAGUGAGGCAUCAGUAGGCCGGAAAAGCUGUGCCAUCUUGCCUUUCAGAGAGACUCAAAAGCUAUUUUGCCCACCGCAGAAUGUGGUGACAGUGAUUGCCGAGGAAGGGGACGUUACUGUAUCAGCUUCUGUGUCUGACCCCUCACAAAAGAAGGAGGAGCACAAUUAUUCGCUCUUUGUCUCAGAAGGGCUUACAGAGUUGGUCAAGAAUGAUGAUGGACCACAGGAAGAAGAGGAAGACGAAGAGGUUGAUUUAGAUGAAGAAGACCAUGAUGAAGGUUUUGGCAGUGAGCAUGAACUCUCUGAGAAUGAAGAGGAGGAAGAGGAGGAGGAGGAGGAAGAAGAGGAAGAAGACUUUGAGGAUGAUAAAGAUGAUCUUAGUGACACCUUCUCUGAACCAGGUUAUGAUAAUGAUUCAGUUGACGAUUUAAAAGGGAUAACUGCGGUGUCAUUAAGAAAGCGAGGAAAGCGGCGGUACUUUUGGGAAUACAGCGAGCAACUGAUGCCUGCUCAACAAGAAGGAAUGCUGAGACCAUCAGAAUGGAAUAGAGACACGCUGCCUAGUAAUAUGUACCAGAAGAAUGGAUUGCAUCAUGGCAAAUACACCGUUAAGAAGUCUCGCAGAACAGAUGUGGAAGACUUGACUCCCAAUCCCAAGAAACUCCUACAGAUUGGAGGAGAGCUGCGUAAACUCAAUAAAGUCAUCAGUGAUCUAACGCCUGUAUCUGAGCUUCCUGUGACUGCCAGGCCUCGCUCUCGAAAAGAAAAGAACAAACUGGCUUCCAGAGCUUGUCGGCUAAAGAAGAAGGCACAGUACGAAGCUAACAAAGUAAAGCUGUGGGGCUUGAAUACAGAAUAUGCAAGAGAUUAUGACUCGUAUUCAGAUUCCGUGGGAAGAAUGGACAGCAAGCAUGGAACAGAAACUAGAUAUUCUUAUCAAAGAUACACUUGGAUCAACCGUAGCAGGCCAGACAUCAGAGUUUGUAAAUCAGGUUUUGGAAAAAACUUCAGAGGGAGAUCCUACUGGUGGCCUAGUGGGACUCCGUAUACCCACUUCAAAGGUGUGACGCCUGCUCUUCACAACCAGCGCUGUUGCGUCAUUAUACAAAGUCUUCUCUCAAGUCUGCACUAAAAACUCCAUUCAAUUUUGCAUGUAUAUCCUAUCAUUAUCUGUUAUUAUAGUUAGCAGGUUUGUUGGGUGGAACAAGCAAACUGACACGCUGACAGGUGCGAGUACCCAUAGCAUGGAACUCUUAUCACAAUGUCUGGUUGUUAGUGGCUAUUUGGUCAUAGAGUACUAUUAGCAGCAAUUCUUUCAUUGCCAUAGAGUUUAUAUAUUCAAUUUAAAUGUAAAAACAAAUAGGCAACAUGUAUUGUAUUUGUAGUGUUUGUCUUAGAGUCCGAAAAAGAUAUAUAUCUAUUUUUUUUCUUUUUAGGUUCACAUAGUUUUGAGCUAAUGCCAAAAUUAGCUGGAAUAAGUUUCAGACACAGGUGAUAAUAAGCCACAUCUGAAAUGAGAGGUAAAGACAUGAUUCUUGUUCACGAUGCAGGUGCACUGCUCUAUAUGAUGCAGUAGAAGUGCAAAUGUCAAAGUGGCUUUAUAUAAAAAGUGUAUUUGUCGACAAAAUAACAUUGCGAUAGAUGAUGAUUUGUCGCAAGUGAAACUAUGAUCUUAAAAGACUUAUCUUUGUGCCUUGUAAUUUGCAGAGUGAAAAAGACUCUUCUACAGCUUAAAGCCGUUAAGGAUUUUUUUGUAUGCUUUAAAACGUUAUAAGAUAUUUUAAACCUCGUAGUGUAGUGGCCUAAGAUGCAUAGUUUGGUGCAUAUUUAUUGGGGUUAAGCUUACAUGUUAGAAACAUAAAUCCUUGUGACUUCCUCUUUUUUUUUUUUUCUUCCCGAAUGUACAUAGGAAAAUGUUGAAAAUGUAGAUACGUGCCACAGAGUCUGUGAAUUGUAAUAGAAAUAUGUAAAAAAAAAAAAAAAAAAAAAAAAUAAAAAGCAACAAAAGAGAAAAAAAAAAGAAAAAAAAAUCGAAACAGAAAAGGGUGGCGCUCGAUCUAUAAGCCGCACUUUAAAUUUUUUUUCUUUGUUCUUUUUCUUCUCUUUGGUACUUCUACUUGGAAAAGAGAGAAACAAAAAUUGCACAUUAGUUUGAUUGUUUUCUUUUUGUUUUGUACCAAAGAAAAACACAUUGAGGUGGCAGACUGCCAGUCAAAGUAAAGAUUUGCACAGCUUAAAAGAUACUGUAGUGAAUGUAAAGAUAAAAAAAAAAAUAUAUAUAUAUAUAUAUAUAAAUAUAAAACUGAGGUCAGCGGAAUUCUGGGAUAGCUAGGGAAUUUAAUAAACUGUGAAUUUUUUUUUUUUUUGUAGUGGUCCAAGUUUAGAAGUAUCAAUACGUACAUUUGGAGGGUGCAUUCACAGUCUUGUGUCUACAUUCUUGAGACCGCUUUUCCCUUUUGUAGAUAAACGAAGACUAUUAUUUUUAUUAAGAUUAUUGAAUUCUCAGAUUUUGGAGGAUAGGCGGAGCUGCUACAUUUCAUUUGUCUAGUUCAACUUCCAGAAUCUGAUCGUUCCCAUCCUAGCCAGGUGGUAUGAAAUUUGUAGGCCCAUUGGCAUUGUAAAACAAAAUAACAUACAUAUAUAUAUAUAAAUAAAUAUAUCUAUUUUUGCUAUUGUAACAUGCACCUACAAAUAUUAAUCUUCACAACAAAGGGGAGUGAGAGAGAGAGAGAAAUUUAGAAAUUAUAUUUGCCAAUAUUUUUUUCUUGAUGUUCUCGAUCAUCCAGAGCAUGACCUAAUAAGAAAGAUUAAAAUAUUUAAGAUGUUAAAAAAAUAAAAAUAAAAGAAUAAAAAAAUAGAUUUUCUAUUUUUGUACUAGUACUGCAGGAAUUGCAUCCUUGGUUGUUAGGGACUUGAAUUUGUUUUAUUUUUUUGUAAAUGUGCAUUUGUUUUAUCCUGCAUGUAUUGUUGCAGAUGCAUGGAGUGUAGUAUUGCUCCUUUCUUGGUGAAGAAAGUUUCAGCAGGGGAAUAGUUCAUAAAACUUUUAAGUCUGUCAGUUUCAGUGGAUCUCUGUUCUGGUUCAGCCCUGGUCAGUCUGUAGUUCACGCUCGAGCAGUUUUCUUCAUUUGGAUCAAUACCUGCUCUUGAGGCAGUUGUGGUAUUUCCAUGUCAACCCAUGUAUCAAUAGCGCUGUUUGUAUUCUGUUCCCAUUUCUUUAUAUAUACGUAUAUGCAUUAAGAGUUAAUUGACGAAUGUUGUGAGUUGUUUUUUUUUUUUUUUGUUUUUUUUUAAAUAUGUAGUACUGUGUUAGUUGUAAUGCCAAAAAAAGAGAUGGCUCCCUAAGAUGUGCCUUACAUAUUUUUGUAAAUUUGGGGGUUUAUUCUGCUUAACAAAGUCUUAAUCAUUUAACAAUUUAUGUGAUGAAAAAUAUUCGUCACAUUUUUCCUUAAAAUCAUACUUACCUUGUGAACACCAGGUAUGUAGAAUGUAGGCGUGGUAUAUGACAGUGCUAGUCUCAAUGGGGGGAGAUUUAUCAAAACCUGUGCAGAGGAAAAGUUGCCCAUAGCAAUCAAUCAGAUUGCUUCUUUCAUUUUAAAAAGGGCCUGUCCAAAAUGAAAGAAGCGAGCUGAUUUGUUGCUAUGGACAAUUGGUCAACUUUUCCUCUGCACAAGUUUUGAUAAGCCUCCCCCAAUAUGUUAAAUUUCAGUAUUAAGAGUAUACGCAUCGCUGGUUGUACUAUGUCUCCUUGGUUUGUGAUCAGUAAAUAGUGAAUUUGGUAGUUGUGGACUUAAUUGAUAUUUUGAUGGGUCUGAACUUUUGUGCCACUAAAAUCUAGCUGUACAGCCAUAGCAAGCCGUAUGUAGGGUUAGGUGGACUACUAGGAGGUCUAUGUUCAGGUGUUAAUCAUUUUUGAGUUUUAUUUAGGGCAUGUUUUAUACAGCUAUACCUUUUUAGUCUGUUGGGUUCUGUUCACACUUCACCUGGGAAAAAUCUGACCUAUUUUUAAAAACUUAAGCUUUGACGUAUUCACCAGUGUGCAAUACAAUCACCCAUUGGCUGCCAUAGUACACUGCAUUGUUGACUUAUUUAUUUUUUUUUUUUUGGAGUCCGUUUGUAUUGAAAUGUGUAGUUGGCUAUCCUUUUCGAUAGAUAGAUAAAUAGAGAAAAAAAAAGUCUAAAAGUACCCAUGCAUUCUUAAUAACUGUCUGAUGAGCUUUAUACCCACUGGCCACAUUGGAUUCUGCUCAUGCUUACUGUACAUAUCAGGAGCCUAUCCUGACAUAUUUGCCACAGGAGUAGUUAGAACAGAGCCCAUUUAUAACAGUCUAAAAAGAUUGUGUAAAUAGCCUUAAAGUGUGUGUUUUUUUUUUUUUUUUUUCCUC